AUGAAAGUGGCUCUUCCCUCUGGCUGUGGCCUCUACGGGAAAAACGAUGGGUUCCGCCUCUGCUCUGGCUGCAAAGUGAUGCUAUACUGCAGUGUUGAGCAUCAAACUGCCCACCGCGCAGCUCACAAAUCUGAUUCCAAUGACCCCCAGUACGAUUGGGGCGAUGUAACCCUGCCAUACCUGGACAUCAAGGAUGCAAAUCCACUUGAGCCGAUCGACCUUUUCCUCUGUGGAAGACCAGAUCUUUCCCACAUCGUUGCACUGGUUCUCGUCAAAGUUAAGCUGUAUUUCGUCUUGCUCGCCACCCAUAGAGCCAAUGGAUCAUAUGAAACAGCAACAGAAAAGAACCGCAAGAUCAUGGAUGGGAUGAUGAAACUCAAGGAUUCGACAAUCGCUAGAAAUCCACACGUUGCCAAUCUGACAUGUCUUGAAGCUGAGCCUGGAAUUGAGAAGGUUAAGGCUCAGAUUCGCAAACUGUACGACAUUGUCAACAAAGCGAACCCGUACCUUUGGCCGGAGCUUAUUAACCCUGACGAGAACUUGAAUGCUGCGCCUUCGAUGUACUCGCCUGGAAGUAAGGAGAAGAUGCAAGCGACUAUUAUGUCGACCUGGCAAGCGUGGAAUGAGACCUUUGGCGCGCUUGAGAUCAUUUAUGCGAUAGUCCACGGCGAUGCAUUCUGA